AUGGGCAGUCAGAAGGGGACGGAACGCAUGCACGCGUGCACGGCCGAGCAGCAGGCUCCAGGGUGGCCGGCAGGCAGAGGGAAGGCCGGAGCCUCGGAGGCAUCCGUGUCGGAGCAGAGAAGCGCCGGGCUCGCCACGGGGGCCGCGGGUCCCGCGUGGCAGGGCAGGGCCCGGGAGCGGGUGGCGUGCGCAGACACCGCGGGGUCCGUGGCUGUGGAUUCGGUGGCGCUGCGCGGCUUGUCCGAAGGGCUGAGCUGGCAGGCGCACGGCCCAUUGACUCUACUCGACGGCGACCGGACCGACGUUGCCUUCCGUGGAGUCUACCGUGCGCUGGAGUUACCGUGCAGUGCUGCCGGCGGGCCGCUCGCCAGCCUCCGGGGCGUGACCCGACAGGGAGCCGCCGGCCCGCCGGGCCGGGCGCGGAAGGCCCGUCGCCUCGGGUGUGCGGAGCGGGCUCUGUGCAGCCGGGCCGAGGGCGCCAGCACGCGUGCGACAGGUGCCUUGUCCGCCUGCGCCCCGUCACAGGGCUUCCCUGCCAGGCCGCGCGUGCUGGAGGGGGCGGAGCAGAGCAGGAGUGGCAAGCUGCCCAGGGGGUCGCCAGACUCCAUGUGGGCUCUGCGCCAGAAGCCGCCUCCGUGGAAGGGGCGAUCCCGCUCGGUUGGCUUCCUCCGCGCCUGGGGAGUGGAUCCGCGCCGGCAGCCAGGCCGGCGGGCCGCGAAAGACUCUGGAAAGGUGGAGGGGUGCGACAGCCCUGGAAUGCUGGACGGCCCUUCUGUCCGGGCGCACGGCGCGGACGGGGCGCCGCCGCCCAAGCAGGCCCGGCUGUCUCCUGGCCGCCCCGCGCGUCCGGAGGCCCGCGGGGAGCGGAGGCCCACGCCGAUGUCCGAAGAGAGCAAGAGGAAGUUCGAGAAGACCACCGUGCUUCGAAUACGUUCGGCCAUCGCGAAGCUCAACUCGGCAAGGGUGGAGAGGCUCGACCAGCUCGAGCGCGAGCUCGACGCGGUCCUCGAGAAGCACCUGCCGAACUUGCCGUCGGGCUGCGAGUCGAAGGCCGAGUCGCUGCGUCUGCUCGCCGACGGCGCCCGGGAGGAGGCGAGGCGCGCCCGCGCCGAGCAGGAUGCCGGCGACGCGCCCGGGCGGGGCGCGCCGCAGGAGUUCCGGCGGCGGCCCGGCCAGGCCUGGGUGCCCUUGCCGGCGCCGGCGUGCCUCGCGCGGCGAGCGUGGGCGCUGUGGCGCGCGGCGGCGGCGGCCCGCGAGGCGGGCGUGCUGGUGGAGGAGGACGCUGGAGGCCUGCGGCUCGCGGCCAUGCCAGGGCGCAGGCUCGCCGAGGAGGCCGCCAGCGGCGCCGCGGCGCUCACCGCCAGGGUUGCGGAGGCUGCGGCAGCCGCGGCGGCAGAGGCGGAGGGGCUGGCGGAGGUGGCGGUGGAGGCGGUGGCGGCGCAGCGCGCCGAGGCCGAGGAGGCGGUGCGGGCACUCCGGGAGCGGCACGGCCUGCAGGUGCGGGGCGGCACCCCGCUGGCGCUGGUGGGGCCCGCCGGGGCGGCGCGCCUGGGCGCCGCCGUGCUCGAGGCGCGGCUCUGCCGCGGCCGCGCCACGGCCGUGGUGCUGGACGCGGUGCGGGCGGAGGGUGUCACGCCGGAGGAGAAGGCCGACGACCUGGAGAGGGACCUCGGCAUCGUGGAGGCAGAGUGCGGCGUGCAGGUCCACCGCGCCUGCGGCGCGUGGUGGGUGGCGGCGGGCUCUGCGGCUGCCGCGGCAGAGGCCGCGGAGCUGCUGCGGCGCGUGGCGCGCUUCUACGCGGGGCCGCCCGCCCGCGAGCCCGCGGCGGCGGCGGCGGACGUGACCGGGGAGGGCGCCUCGACCGCCGGGGGGGCGGUCAA